AUGGCUAGCUUUUUUGACUUCCCGCCCGAGACGCGCAACAGCAUCUAUGGGUUGCUCCUCACCAACUCAACACCCUGCCUCGACAUGCUGACUGCCUCCAGGCUGCUGCAUGAAGAAGCAGCGCCCUACUUUUACUACAACAACGACCUUGCCAUCGACCUCACUGACGCGUCAUCGCCUGGAGCCUCGAUCCUGCCGCCCAUUCCCGACAAGUGCCUGAGCUACUCCAGGGUUCUCACCAUCAACCUCAAGCUCGGAUACAUCAGGCCCUGUAUGCAAGCUCAGUGCCUCACCGGCCUGGCAAGCCACUGUGCCAGCCUGACAAUCCUGACCCUCAAUUUUACCUCGACUGCGUCUAAGAUUGUGUCAAGCACGACUGACGAGUGUGUGCUGGACGCCUCGCACCCAUUUACCCUCGCGCUUCAGCACAUCCUGUCGUCUCGCGCGUCAGUACGCGUGAAUCUGAACGGAGUCUGGUUUGCCCCUAGCCUCGUCGACAAGCUGAGGUCUGAGGGCAGCCUGGAGGUAGUCACGUGUGAAUCCUCGACUGAGCGUGCGAUGCACGGUCAGAAAACCCGGGAUCAUAUGCGCGAUCUUGGUCUAGACAUGCAGGAUCUUGAGGAUGCUGGAAACCUCCAGCCCUCGGCGUAUGAUGACAUAUUCUCAUCAAUGCCGUCAUCAUUGAGCUCUGCACUUUCGGACCUUGAUUCCUUCUCGCCCACUAAUUAUCUCGGCAAAGACCUUGAAGACGUCAAAGACUACGAGGAAGGAAGAGAAUCAGUCGCAUUCACUGACGAACCAAUGUUUGACAUGGUCCGUUUGGGCGAAGGGAGUGAAGAAGUAUUGACUAAAGAUGAGGAUUUUGACGAUGAGGAAAUGGAAGACAUUUACGACAUUGAAGCAAUCGUCGACAAAUUGCAAAAGAUCGCCUACCAAAGGCUGCAUGAGAUGGACGUGUCUUAUAUGACGAACUUCGCGCCCAACAUGCUGCGAAAGUGGACCGAAGAGUCGGCUUAG